AUGAAUGAAGACCUACCCAAGGAAUAUUUCGAACUAAUAAGGAAGGCUCUCAACGAGAAGGAGACGGAGAAAACGCCUUUGAAUAGAAGAAGGAGGGUCAGAAGAAAGAAUCAGCCCCUACCAGAUGCCAAAAAAAAAUUUAAAACUGGAUUGAAUGAAUUGCCAAGAAAAAGCGUUGUCAGUGUAAACUUGGAUUCUUCAGACGACGGUGUCAUUACAGUACCGUCGUCUGAUAGUGUAGAGGAAAUCCAAUCAUCCGAAGAAGAUUAUAAUUCGGAAGAUUUUGAAGAUGUGACAGAUGGAAAUGAGGUAGCUGGUGUAGAAGAUAUAUCCGUUGAACUCAAACCUUCUAGUAAAAGCAGUAGUGGUGCUAGAAGGGCAAGCCGCAACGUCUGCUCCAACGAAGAACGGAAAAGGAGAAAAUAUUUUCACAUGUUAUGUCUAGUUUGCUUGAUGGUUCAUGGAUUUAUACGAAAUGAAUGGAUUAAUAGCAAGCGCUUGUCUAGAAAACUGAGCAGCUUGGUUCCUGGAAAAGUAUUUGAGUUGUUGCAUCCUCAGAGAGAUGAGGAGCUCCCACUGAGAAGUACAAGGAAACUAUUAGAUGGGUUGAAGAAAUGUAUGGAGUUGUGGCAAAAACACUGGAAAAUCACUAAAAAAUAUGAUAAUAUGGGGCUUUAUAUGAGGACUUGGAAGGAAAUUGAAACAAGUGGCAAGAACAAAAAAAACCUCAAGACGUUUAAAAGAUCUGAUUUUUUAAGGGCCGUCAGUAAAGGUCACGGAGAUUCUGAUAUUUCAGUGCAAGGUUUUGUUGCGAUGCUUAGGGCUUGUAAUGUUAACGCUCGACUUGUCAUGUCAUGUCAACCCCCAGAUUUUACUAAUAUGAAGAUUGACACUUCUCUGAGUUGCAAUCCUGCGUACGAAGAUAUGGUCAAAUACCCAAUUUAUUGGUGCGAGGUGUGGGACAAAUUCUCUAAAAAGUGGAUAACCGUUGAUCCGGUAAAUCUCAAAACCAUUGAACAGGUCAGAUUACAUUCUAAGCUGGCACCAAAAGGAGUGGCGUGUUGUGAAAGAAAUAUGCUGAGGUACGUGAUUGCUUACGACCGAAAGUACGGCUGUAGAGAUGUAACUCGAAGGUACGCCCAAUGGAUGAAUUCUAAAGUAAGAAAAAGAAGGAUCACAAAAGAUGACUUUGGUGAGGAAUGGUUCAAAAAAGUAAUAACAACACUUCACCAUAGAAAAAGAACCAAAAUUGACGAUUACGAAGAUCAAUAUUUUUUUCAAAGAGAUGAAAGUGAAGGCAUACCAGAUUCGGUACAGGAUUUGAAAAACCACCCAUAUUAUGUUUUGGAACAAGAUAUCAAGCAGACUCAAAUUGUAAAGCCAGGAUGUAAAGAGUGUGGAUACUUAAAAAUGCAUGGAAAAGUUGGCAAGGUUUUGAAAGUAUAUGCGAAAAGGGAUAUUGCGGAUUUGAAAAGUGCUAGACAAUGGUACAUGAACGGCCGAAUUUUAAAGACUGGUAGUAGGUGUAAGAAGGUAAUCAAGAGGACAGUUGGAAGAUUUAGAGGAGACGCAGAAAAAGAGGAUGAAAGACUGUAUAGUUUAGAAGACACAGAAUUAUACAUUCCACCAUUAGCAAGCGCAAACGGUGAAAUAACCAAGAAUACAUUUGGAAAUAUCGAAGUUUUUGCACCGACAAUGAUCCCUGGUAAUUGUUGUUUGGUUGAGAGUCCUGUGGCAAUUAAAGCUGCUAGAUUUUUGGGCGUGGAGUUUGCACCUGCUGUAACUUCUUUCAAGUUUGAACGUGGCAGUACAGUUAAACCAGUUAUAAGUGGCAUAGUUGUUGCAAAGUGGCUGAGAGAAGCUAUUGAGGCUGCAAUUGAUGGAAUAGAGUUUGUUCAAGAAGAUGAUAACAGGAAGGAACAUUUACUCGAUGCCUUGGAGAGCUGGAAUACUCUGCUACUAAAACUACGUAUUCGCAGCAAACUAAACUCCACAUAUGGUAAAAUUGCCGAGGAAGAACCCAACGUUACGAAGGAACGAGGUGAUGGGAUUGGGAACAAUCGUGACAAGAGCGAAGAUUUUAUGGGAGGUGGAUUCCUACCAGGUACAGCGAACCAAGAAGCAAGGCCGUAUAGUGAGCUUUCAGAACCAGAGGAUAAUUUGGAGAAUGUUCCUAUUGGCGGAGAGGAGGAAAGUGCUACAGAUGAGGAUGUCGGAGGGGAUUAUUCGGACUUUAUGAAGGAACUAGAAAUGUCUGAAGGAACAGACUGA